AUUUCCAAUUUGUCAGAUGUCAAAAAUGCAGUCUCUAAAAACCAUUUGUUUAAAUUGUUAAACAUAAACAAUUAUUUAGAAAUGUAGACUGGACAAAAAUUACAAGUGAUCAAAAAUGUCGGAACCAGCUGAACAACCAUUUGCACAAAACAUAUUCGAAUUGCAGUGCAUUUUGCAAAAUAUUAAUAUUAGGUUGUGUGCUCGAAUUGAAAGUGGUGUUAAACAGUUAUUAGCAAUUAUUACUAGUGAUGGAGAGGUUGUAUUGCACUACACUUAUGGUGAAAUGGUUCCAAUUGUUAAAAGAGUUCCUUGGUUUUCUGAUAGGAAUAAGGUGAUUCAGGCUGUUUGUUUUGACCCCUCUGCAACUUGGCUAUUAGUUAUUUCUGUCGAUGGUUCUCUAUACAUAAUUCCUGCAUUAAGUUUAGUGGACAAAAAACAAAAAAUUGACUGUAAAUGGUCGUUAAACGACGUAACGCAUUUCCAUAAGCACAAUUUAACUCCCAAUGUUUUACCCACAAGUAUUGUUUGGUGGCAGACAUUAGACAGCAAUCAGAAUGCUUUGGUUGGUUAUGAAAAUGGAGCAAUUGUAUUAAUCAGUCUCACCGAUGGAAGGUAUUUAGGUUGUUGCACAAUUACUGAAAGUGUCAAGCAGUUGUGUCUGUGCCAAGAUAACAGUUUAGACACAGUUUCAUUGCUGAUAAAUGGUAUAAGUGGACAACAAUGGCGUUUAAUUUUGGAACACCACAACACUGGCUACCUCUGGCCACCAGAAACUUCAAACGCAGACGACAACAACAAAUCUCGCCUCUCCAACUUGCGUCAGCUGGGUGCCGACAAGCUUCAAUUGCUAAGACAACGCUUCUCGGGUGAGGGGCGAAGCUCUCGUCGCGACAGUCAAACUAGCGACAGUGCCAGCGAAUCCUCUCAUUCCCACUCUGAACACUCUUCUGGGCCUGAACCUUUGCCUAGACUGUGCGACACGUGGUUUGCACCUCAACACGCCCGCAAUCAACACUUGUUCUCUGCAUUUUAUCGGCCUUCCAGUUUGCUGACUAUUCACGCUGUUGAUGUUGAGUCAGCGCCAAUGUUUGUGCACAAACUGUGUCCAAAUACAACUUACCUUUUAUUAACUGACAAAUUAAUUUAUACAAUCAAUGAAGACAGUGAUACUUUAUCCAUUAUAAGCUCGCAACUUUCGGAAUGUCGUCUAGAAGGCGACUCUGAAUUUAAUAGCGAUGCGUUGGUGGCACGUUUUACAGUUAUUAACGAGAAAAUCUUGCACGUGUUUAAGUUAGUUGACUUAUCAUCGGUAAGACUGAGGAAAAAAGACGAAAAGAAAGAUAAAGUUUAUGAAUUACCAAAAACUAUUGAUGAUAUUAACAUAAGGAAACCUAGAAUCGACACCUGUGUUAUCGUCACAAAUAAUUCCGUUUAUAAACUCAUCGUUGCUUGUUCACCGGUUCGUAAGUUUGUUGAGUAUGUUACCGAGGAGAACAAUCUGGAAAAAGCUGAAAAAAUAUCUAUAAUCUUCGGCUUAAAUCUGCAACAACUGCUGGAAUGUUGUGGCGACUUGUUUGUGUCCCGAGGUUCCUUUCACUCCGGCAUAAUCUUAUACAAACAGGCUAAGGUCCACCUGCUGAAACGCGUCCUGAAGCUGGCCGUCUCGGCCGACUGCAGAACGCUACUCAAGUUCGUGCACUUGUGUCUGAGCGCCAGCAAAGUGGACAUGUCGAUGCCGACGAAAAUUCACAUUGGAAAUUUGGCUGUGAUGGCGUAUACUGAAUUGAUAUUAAGAUUUGGGGGACCUGUUAGACUUAAUAAUACCAAAGACUUUAUGAAUUUUUUAUGUUUUGAAGAGUACUACGAUCAAAUCCUUGCAGUGAACGUUGCCUGCCAGGCGGGGCAUUGGAACAUUGUUAAUCUGCUGGCUAAAAGUAGAGGGUUACAACCGGAAGUGGUUUCGGCACUCGGACAAAUCUUACAAAGUGCCCGAGCUCCAAGACCCACAGACAGAGACUUUCUCAUGGCACUUUCCGAACCGUGCCUCACCCAAAGUCUGUUAAUCAUUCCCCAAAGUUCACAGGUGAUAUUCCAGUACAUCCGUACGAACAUCGACUCGUUUCCGCUGGAUGUGCUGCAACGGUUGGCGGUGCAGCUCGAUCCUAGUCAACCAAGUGCUUUGCCUUUAGUGGGGAGAGUGUUCUAUAGUGGAGGAAAGAAGUACUCAUCCAGUUUGGAUACUACACUCGACUCUAUCGAUGUUGAAAACCCUGAUCGAGCGGUACUCACCGUCAAAGACAUGAUCGAGACAUUCCUUGUUGUUCUUGUGCAUUUAACUUUCAAGACUGACACAGCAAAGUACGAAUUGGAAUUUUUGGACAAAAUCGAAAUGCCAGAUGAUGAUAUUGAAGAGAUGCCAAUAAAACAAUUCCCCGACUUGCAUCCGUUGAGCUGUGGCUACGAACACACAGCGGUGAUCAGAAACAGCAACGUGUACACGAUGGGUGUAUCAAAUUCCGGUUGUCUAGGCCUAGGGCCACUUUUAACCCAAAGCAGCCCACCAAGACUGGUGCAAACCCUAAGCGAUUUAAGAGUAAAGGUCUUAAGCGUCGCGUGCGGAAGGAAGCACACCCUCGCACUCACCGAUCACGGCGUGUACGCGUGGGGUUCUAACUCCUACGGACAAUUAGGUUUGGGGAAGUUCGUGCAGGAGAGCCCCUACCCUCAAAUACUCCACACACUGGCCGAAGAGAAAAUCAUCGACAUUGCAGCCGGUCAGUACCACAGUAUGGGCCUCACGUCUUCGGGUAAAGUCUACACUUGGGGUUGGGGCAUCCACGGACAGCUAGGACACCGCAACUGUGACAAUCAGUACUAUCCGAAGUUGAUGGCGUUCUCACAUCCCAUCAAACAAGUUGCAGCCGGACAUGCGCACAGUCUCGUACUGACAUGCGAGGGAAAACUGUUCGGGUUUGGGUCCAACAUUUUCGGGCAGCUGGAGAGUUGCCAAAUUGAAUCGAACAAGUCGACCACCCCUGUUUGGGUGUUGCUGAUGCCUGAUAUUUAUACACCAAUUGAAAAAGUGUCAACUGCGUAUUUCCAUAAUAUCGCUAUAAGAGCCGACCAAGAAGUAUACACAUGGGGAGCAAGUCCUCAAGAGGUGCGUCUGUUCCAAUCCAAAAACAACAACAAAAACCAACAGAAUGGCCUUAGCCUCAAACCUCCGGAUUCGUGGAAAGCGAGCGUACACGUGUACUCCGGGAUCAACAAACGACCAAUCGAGCAGGUUUCAGUCGGAUAUAGACAUUCGGCUAUUUUGCACAACGGCAAGAUUCUGUGGGGCAAAAACAAAAACGACGAACUGAGCCCGCCGAAAAUGCGGGACCAGGACAACGUCAAUUUGUUCACGCAGAGAUUUUUGCACGUGGCUUGCGGAUUGGAUUAUACCAUGGCAAUUGAUCAUACCGGGAAAUUAUUGGCCUGGGGCAACGCUUCCAUGGCACAGACAAUACUGGGCAAACCCUUCGACGAAAACAACAAACGCUUCGCUUCGAUGGAAGGUAAAGUCGCUGUCUUUAAAAACACACGCCGCUACAUCAAAUUCCCAAACACCCUCCAAUCCAACUCCGAUAAUAUUCCAAUAGAAGUACCAGGUCUGCCCACAAUGGCCAUCACCUUCAACUUUUCUGAUCACAAAUUACUUUUGUCUAAACGACAAAGAACUUACGCCAUACGUAAAAUCGAAAACAAGGUAUUAUUUACACCAGACAACAGGAGACGAUCAUCCAACCCCUUGGACCUAGUCCAGCAAUGUCCGGAUGUUUACUUCGGACAGAAAACUUUGCACUACGCUCUGGAACUUUACUACGGAUUGUACGACAGCGAAAAUUUGCUAACGAAUUGCUUCAAUAUGGGCAAUUAUCAAGCUGCCAGCAAGAUCGCUCUCUUGGACGGUCACUACGGCGACAGUCUAGCUUUCCAACUCAUGGCACUUAAGGAGCAUAUGAAAGCCCAAAACCUGAAUCUGCGCUCCACCAAAAAUUCCUUCGACAACGACGGACAAAUCGACCUAGUCCUCAAAAGCUUGCAGGACGACCUCAACGAGAGAAAUUUGUUGUUGCACUCCAGUUCAGCGGAAAAAAUAAUGAGCUCCAGUACGUCUCCGGGAAGGAUUUUAAGUUCUAGUUCUAGUUUGGACAGCAUCCGGCAAUGGGGAGACGAUGUGGAGCACCAGGGAGGCUGCGAAAGUCCUUGCGAGAUGUCCGAAAUGGGGGACAUUAGACAGAACAUGACACAAUACGUUCAGGCUGUGACCAGCACCGAGAGUUCGCCUCCGAUUUCUUGCGUUUCCAAACUGAUUGCAGACAGUGAGAAGGCGGUCCGUCAGAAGGAAACUGAUGGUGUGCUAGUGGAUUCUGCUACAGAUACAGUAAUUAAAAUUGCUUCCACUUUAGUGGAGUUUUACAUAACUAAGGUACAUGUGACGGAGAACCACAUAUUGAUGCAGAAUAUUUUGUUGAAAUGUAUCGAGUUUUGGCUCUCAAACAAUCUACCAGUUGCAGCUUUGGAAAACGUUCUGUUGAAAAAUAUGGACAAGUACUUUUACCCCCUGUCGAUUUUGUUGUUUUGCAAAAACUACGGUAACAACGAUGACGAGAUUAUCAAAGAAAAUGACUCGAAGAAUUCCGCUUGUUUCCUUAAAGAAUUUUCCACCAAGUUUUGCCUUCAAUUGUGUUCCAUGGUUUUAGAGAAUGUUAACAAAUCGUGAAAAUUCCAAUUCGUUGUGAAAUCUAGUCAAAGUAUUUGCGAUCUCAUACAAGUUAGUGAUUGUAAGACGCGUUACAACGAUGCGUUUACACUAAAGGAGUUUAGUGUAUGCACAUCUUACGUUAAGUCUUCCUGUUGAUUGUUUUUUUAUUAGGGCUAAUAGACACCACCGCAAUGGCUAGGGAUAAUUUAAAUAUAUACGGUAAUUUUAUUUUAAACUUUGGUUUUAAUUUAGUUUAAAUAUGAAUACAUAAAAUUGAGAACUGGAAUAUUGAAACAACUGAAAAAGCUGCUAACAAAAGUUUAUUAAAAAGAACGAAUAUUUAAAAAAUAUGUGGCCUUUCCACAUAUGCUUGAUGGGGUUCAGUUUAGGGACUAUACUGGCCAUGGUGACACAUCAAUAAUGUUAUUUUCCAAAAAUUCCAUUACAAUCCUUAAAGUGUGAGGUCUGGCAUUAUCAUUCAUGUGAACAAAGUUGGGUUUAAUCGCUGCUACAUAUGGAAGGACAAUUGAUGUUGAUGAAUCUGAUCCACGUAUGAUCUACCCGUCAAAAAGUUUUGCAGCAAAAUGAGAUCGGUUCAUCCUCUGAUACUGAUUCGUUCCCAGACCAUAACGAAAAUAAUGAUGAAAACACACUUUGAGUACUCCCCAUUUCCACAGCAAUCCGAGUUUUAUUCAUGCCACCCUCCAAAAGACCCGGUGUCCAUAUCAUUUCUUUUCUCUAGAUAAAUAUGUUCGUCCAUAGUUAAUUAGCAGUACUGACUGGGGGAGAAUUAAAAAAAUUAUCAAAGAAGGAAAUAAUUGACUACAUUGUCUAUAUUUUGAAACCAAAAACUAAAUUAUCCCUAGACAUUGCGGUUGUGUGUAGUUAUGAUGAGAAAUAUGAUGUAAUACCUGUAAGCUGUUAAAAUUAAAUUGUUCGGAUUUCUCCUCCCUCAGGGCUUGAUACAUAUUCAUAAUUCACAAUUAUAAUAGAAUUAUUAAUGCACAACUAUUUCCCAAACUAGACCUAAGAAUUGACUACAUCAUAUUUCAAGUGAUAGAUUAAGUCGGAGGCGAUUUGAACAAAAAACUUCUUGUUAUAUGCAAUCAAUAUGUUAUAUUUCAGGAUUGCUAGUAUUGAAUCAUAAAAUACUCUAUUGGAUCAUUAUAUAUUUGAAAUUGUAGAACAAUAUUUUUAUGUAAUGUAAUACUACAAAAAUUACGCAAUACUUUUAAUAAUAUAGCUGUUAUAGUGGACACAAUUAUAUUAUAGUAAAGUUCUUGCCCAUUAGCUAUAUUAUAGACGAGCAGAUUUCGCUUAUUUUCGUUUGUGCAAAGAUUAGGAUAUCUCCAAUAAAUUUGAUUUAGUCUUUCCUGUUUUUUCUAUACAAAUUACAACGAUGGACUAAAUUUCAGUGGUGAAAUAAAAUCAUUUUUAUUGAGUGAUUUUCUACAGUUCUAGUCUUAAGUGCAAAUAAUUAUUGACUGUUCAAACACCAAUUUUUGCGGCUUUUAUUAUCCUACAUAUUUAUUUUAUUGUUUUACAUUUUGUACCUGUUUAGUGGUUUUGUUAUGGUACAUAUAUAUGUUACAUGUGUAUUUUUUAAAAAUUAAUAAAUGGUAAAACCCA